AUGGCUGUCUUACUCAUCUGUGCCAGUGGCAACUCCACUGAGGUUAUCAGGAGUCCUGGAAAUGAGGUGAUUGAGGAGGUCAAACAGAAGCAGCAUCAGAAGAGCCAUCACUCAUACAAGGCCGCUUCCUCAGAUCUCAAGAGUCUGCAGCUGUCCCACAGACGGAAGAGGAGUGUCGUUGAGGAAGCGGUGCCCGCCAUGUGCAAGACACGGACAGUGAUCUUCGAGAUCCCCCGCAGUCAGGUGGAUCCUACCGCUGCAAACUUCCUAAUAUGGCCUCCGUGUGUGGAGGUGAAACGCUGUACAGGCUGCUGCAACACCGGAAACAUGCGCUGUCACCCCUCCAAAAAACAGCACCGUACUGUCAAGUUGGCUUUGGCCUGUCAUAGACAGGAACAGUGGACACUGGACAUGAGACUCUGGUCAAGACAUCCCGGCUCCAGCACCUCUGCACAGUCUGUAUGA